AUGGCCUCAUCUUCUUCCACUGCUUCCUCAUCGGCUUCAUCUUCUUCCUCUGCUCCAUCUUCCCAAUCUCCAAAGAAAUAUGAUGUUUUUAUUAGCUUCAGAGGUGACACCCGAUUCAACUUCACAAGCCACCUUCAUGAAGCUCUUCGCAGAAACCAAAUAGAAACAUACAUCGACUAUAGACUUGAGAAAGGAGAUGAGGUAUGGCCGUCUCUUGAGAAAGCCAUUGAAGAUUCAACUCUGUUCCUUGUGGUGUUCUCAGAAAACUAUGCAUCUUCCACGUGGUGCCUGAAGGAGCUUGCAAAAAUAUUAGAGUGCUCCAAAAAUCAAGGUUGCUUUGUUAUGCCGGUGUUCUAUAGAGUGGAUCCUUCCGAUGUGAGGAAGCAGUCUGGGAGUUACAAGAAAGCAUUUGAAGAACAUGAGUGCAAAAGAAACAUCAACAAUCAACAACUGCAAAGGUGGAGGGAGGCUCUUACUCAAGCUGCCAAUUUGUCUGGUUGGCAUUGUGGCUUCAAUAGGGAUGAAGCGGAGCUAAUUAAAGAAAUAGUGAAUCAAGUCAUGCAAAAGUUGGGCCCUUGGUAUCAAAGUGAAUAUUAUCUAAAAGGCUUGAUUGGAAUUCACAAAAGAAUGGCAGAUGUAGAAUCAUUGUUGGACAAAGGUUCAAACAAUGGUGGCUGUCAAUUCAUUGGAAUUUGGGGGAUGGGCGGUUUAGGCAAAACAACUCUUGCAGAAGCAUUAUUUAACAAAUUAUUUUUUACAUAUGAAGGGUCUUGCUUGCUGGACGUAAUGGAAGAAUCAAAGAAAUAUGGAAUGGAUGCUUUAAGGAGAGAAUUCCUUUGGAGGUUAUUAGGGGAUAAAGAAUCUCACAUUGGCAAUGCAAUAUAUCCUCAUACCAUAAGUAGGCUUCGUCGAAAAAAAGUUUUAAUUGUGCUUGAUGAUGUUGAUGAUCUUGAACAAUUAGAAAAUCUAGUUGGAAGACUUGAAUUUGGAUCAGGUAGCAAAGUCUUAAUAACAAGCAGAGAUAAGCAAGUGCUUCGUACGAAAGUGGAUGAUAAUAAUAUAUAUGCGCUUCAUGGUUUGGAUCCUGAUGAAGCUUUUCAACUUUUCUCCUUAAAUGCCUUCAAAAAAGGCUAUAGUGAUCCAAAGAUAAGCGAGCUAGCCCAAAAAGUGAUUGAAUAUGCAGGUGGAAAUCCAUUGGCCCUAAAGGUUUUAGGCUCCUCCUUGCAUGGCAAAAAGCAAGAAGCAUGGAAAAGCCAAUUUGAAAAGCUUCAAAAAUUACCUUGUCCAAAAGUCAAUGAUAUCCUCAAAUUGAGCUUUGAAGGACUUGAUAAUGAGGAAGAGAAAAAUAUUUUCUCACAUAUCGCAUGUUUUUUCAAUUAUUAUUAUGAUGUUGAGGAUGUAAAAAAAUGGUUAGAUGCAUGCGGUUAUUCAACCGAUAUUGGAUUGAUGAGUCUUGAAGAUAAAGCUCUUUUAAAUAUUCAUGAAGGAAGAAUACGCAUGCACAAUCUGAUAAAAGAAAUGGGUAAACAAAUUGUUCGUGAAGAAUCAUUAAAACAUCCUACAUGGUGCAAAACAUUUUGGCUUUUCAAGAAAAGUUCUGAACUAUUGAAGAAAAAUAUGGUAAGUAUUGAAGGCAUGGUUAUGAACCUUUCAGAAGUUGAAAAGAGGCGCGUAAUUAAUAAAGCAUUUCGUUCAAUGCCCGAUCUAAAGUUUCUUAGGGUUUAUGGAAAUUUAAAUGUUCAGCUUAGGAACGAGUUAAAUGCUUCUGGUGUGAAGUUUUUGUCAAGAAACCUCAUGCUAUUGGAUUGGGUGGGAUGCCCUUUAAGGACCUUGCCGACAACAUUCAAGGGUGAAAAUCUUGUUGAAAUAAACAUGCCUGACAGCAAAUUGACAAAACUUUGGGAUGGAGAGCAGAAUGUUCAUCCAUCUAUUUUAUCUCUCCAUAGCAUUAGAUGUUUAUUGCUAAUUCACUGCAAAGCCCUUACCAGCCUUACGAGCAACACCCAUCUCAAAUCACUGAAGGAACUCUACUUGAUGGGAUGCUCAGCACUCAGAGAAUUUUCGGUGACCUCAGAAAUUUUUUUGUCUGACUUGGAACUUUGCUAUGUACCCAUCAAUGGUGAGUUGUGCUCAUCAAGCGGACAUCUCAGCAAAAUUGGUACUUUGAUUCUAGGAAGAUGCGAAGGUGUGACAAGUUUUCACAAGUUGGUUGACCUGCGUACCCUUGAAUGCCUUGAGGCUGCAUAUUGUAAUAAGCUAGCGUCAAAUCUACUUUCCAAAUUUGAUGAGAUGCGUGCUUUGCGAGAUCUAAAGCUGACUGAUUGUAGUGAAUUAUAUGAAGUGCCCGACAACAUCAGCUUGUUGUCGACAUUAUGGCGGUUAGAUCUCUCGAGGAGUAAUAUAGAGACCUUGCCUUUAAGCAUCAAACAUCUUUCAAGCCUGGAACAUCUCAUCUUAAAUGGAUGCAAAAGGCUUCGGUCUCUACCACAACUCCCUCCCUUCAUCUCAACACUGUUGGUCGAUGACUGCCUGUCCGUUGAGACUUUACAUUCACCUUUAAUGAGUGAAGAUAGAGAAGGAAACCAAUAUUUUCAUCCGACCUUCAGUUUCAGAAAUUGCAUGAAGUUGGAUGGGCAGUCAAUCAAAGCUGUUGAGGCCACAUUGAUACUUGACAUAAAUAAUAACAAAGACAAUGAUUACGGGGCUACAGUGAAAUAUCCGGGGAAUAGAGUUGCAGAGUGGGUCAUGUAUAGGACUACAGGGUCUUUCCUGACUGUGGAUCUCAGUUCGAUUCCACAACCUUGGGAUGGCGCUUUCAUUUUUUGCGCCGUCACUUCUGGAUCACCACGGGUUGCAAAAAUUACGGUCAAAUUGUUUAUUGAUGGUCAAUGUGCUUCCAUGUCUGCAUGGUUGUCUCUCAGUGAGUCCAUGUUGUCAGAUCAUGUUGUUCUUUGGUACGAUCAAUUGUCACGUCGACAACUACAAUGGACAUUUGAAGAAAAGAAAAUAGAAGCCCAAAGCAACACUUAUCAUCCAUUGCUUCAAAUUGAAUUCGCACCUUGUGAUGAAGAAACAACAGUAGAGAUCAAAGAGUGUGGGGUGUGCCCGACAUCUGCAGUUGAAUAUCAAAAUGACAUCAAGCGAAUUCAAUUGGCAUUAUUGCAUCCACAUCGUAGCUCUAAUGCAACGCAAUCGGCCUCUCGAAAGCGCAAAUAUCACAGCUUACUUCGAUGA